GACGCAUUUCAACUGCACCAAAUCUAACACUUAGUAGUAAUAUAUAUAUUCUUGAUCUAAAAAAUAAUAUAUGGGUCACUGCACUGAAUUUAAAUAAGCCUACCGCUUCGCCUACUGCAUCAAUAUCAGGGAAUCCAACAGGUCUAACACAAGAAACGUCACCUCAAUUACCUGGACUAUUUAUUGAAAUAGGAAUUGGUUUGGGUGGGCUUAUAUUAGUCGGAUUAUUAGUCUUUAUUGGAUUUAAGAUAUAUAGAAGACCACAAAAGUAUGUUCAAACAUCAGACACUGCUAUAUAA